AUGGACUGGUUCCACUGUAAUCAGUGCUUCAAAAGGAGUGGGUCGAAGUUUGCCGUGUCCAGCUGUGGACACAUCUGCUGUGACGCAUGCAUUAAAUCCAAGCAGUGCAGUGUAUGUGGGGCCAGCUGUAGUUAUCUGCCCAUCACAGAUGAGAUGAAGCCACAGGAGAAGGUAUUUUUCAAGGACCCUGUGAAGCUCAUCGAGUCACGGCUGGAGCACAUUUCACAGAUUGCACUUUUUCAGCGGACACAGAAAGAGAUAGUCGCAGUGCACUUCAAGCACAAGUCUGCUGAACUGGAACAGCGUCUGAAGGAAGUCACUGAGCAGGGUUACAGAGAGAACGCUGACUUAAAAAAGCACCUCUCAGAGCUGAAAAGAGAGAACACUGACUUAAAAAUGCAGCUUUUGGAGCUGAAAAGAGAGACAGAUGAUUUGAAAAGGCCACUCUCUCAGUGGAGGGUUUCUCCAAGACAGGUGCAUAGAGACGGCUCUAAAAGGAUGUCGCUCCCUGUGGCUGUUACCUCCCCAGUUGCCCGCUGUUCAAGAACUAGGGGUUACUUAGGCUCAGCGGAGUCGCAGGGCUUGGCCAGAGACAGAGGUCCCAGUCUAACCUCCCUCACGACUCCUGGGUCAGCUACCUCUAUUUCAAGCCACAGCUCUCUUUAUGAGCAUGUACACAGAACACCCACAUCCUUCAGCACUCCUACAAGAACUCAGCGUCAGACUCCUAAUGUUUUCCAGUUCCAGUUUAUGAGUGGAUUGUCAGUACAGUCACCCAGGCAGUAA